AUGGCCAAGCCUUGCCACUACGGCCAGACGAGAGUCAUGGGACUUGGACAGCUCUACCCGGCGCAUGUCGGUCUUCCAGGCAACGAAAUAGUGGAUCAAGCAGCCAAAGAAGCCGCCGGCUUCAGCCCUAUCGCGGACGCUUGCGCCGCACCACCGCCGGAGCCGGAGCACUUACGGACACUCAUAGCAACCACGAAAACCAUCAAUCGACGGGCAUCGAACGACUAG